AAAAAACUACUUAAAUAUACAUAUUUUAAUAAUUCAAUAGCAAGUUAAUUACACAAAAUCAUUAAAGAAAGUCGUCACAAAUUUAGAAAAUAGUUAUGAAAUAUCUAACGAUACUACUGGUAAUUUGCUACUUGCAUCAGGGAUGGGCAAUGGAAAGCAAAGAAAACAAAACAUUUGUGGCUACAAAAGAUUGGCAAGAAAUACCGGAGGGUCAAGGUAUACCAGCCGGUCUGCAUAUAAGAAUCAAUUUGGAAACUGGCAAAAAAGAAGCGAAAAUUUUAGAAGAAAAUAAUGACUCAGCUGAUAACCAGAACAAGGAUAAGAGUGCUGCUGCACUCUCAGUGGUACCAGAAAGUUCUGGUGAAGAUGGAGGAGACAAAGGAAACACGAAAAAGCCCAAGAAAGUCAAACAUUUAAAUGAAGCCCUACAAAGAAUUGGUAUUGAUUAUACACCCAAAGAAAAAGUUGAGAAUAUCAUACGCGAAUAUCGAUCAUAUGAGGAGCUUAAGAAAAAUUUUGAGGGCAUGCGUAAAUCCUUUAAAACAGAUGCUGAAGUUAUCAUUCAAUUAAUAGAAGAAUUUCAAACAACAUUCACAGCGGCUGACACUAAGGAUUCGAAGGCUGGUUUAAAGACCCAAAUGAAAAUAUUGGAGAGCUUUAAUUAUUUAAUGUCCCAAUUUGAUAAUGCUUUGUUGUUUGUGGACAAGGGUGGUUUGGAACAAGUUCUACUGCCUGUAUUGGUAAAUACGACCCAUUCGCCGCUUAAGGUAGAGGCCAUGCGUGUUUUAGGUGCCAUGUCUCAGAAUAAUCCACGAGUUCAAAUUAAAGUUUACGAACGUAAUGUGGGCUCGCAUUUGGCACAAAUAAUAAUGAGUUCAUCAAACACCGACGAACUCUCAGCAGCCUUGUAUGCCUUUAGCAGUUUGCUGCGUAAAUUUCCUUUGGCCCAGCAGAGAAUACUCUCCACAUCGGGCACACAUGCCUUAAUAUCCGUUCUUAACCGGGACUGUGAAUUGAAAAUCAAAGUAAAAGCAAUUGUUAUUAUAGGCGAUCUGCUCAAUGAACGCGAACUAGUUCUCUCUCAAUCAUCGGUCACUGAUGAUCCCUUAGCAGCCGCCCAAUAUGCCGAGAUCACAUUGUCAUCCUGGCUAAUGGACCGUAACUAUUGUGAUAUUUUGGAAACUAUCAUCAGCGAAAAUGGUUUUAGGUUCCUUGAAGCUCCCGAUUUACUAGAAUAUAUUGUUAAAUCUCUUAACAGCACAAAUCAUUUGUGUUUAAUCAGAUGGGAACAAGAUCCUCGUUUAAAGGAGAUUUUCUUGGCACUUAAGGAAAGAUUGUCCCAGUCCGAAGAUGAAUACCACUUGGAUGUUGCUCAGUUGUUGACGGAACUUUUGCGGAAAUUAUAUGGCGAUGAUGAACGUUUGCCGGUAUUAUAUGCUGAUGAUAAUAAAAAGCAUGAGGAGUUGUAAGUUUUUAAGGUAUGGUGGUCAUACAUGGCAAAUGUUUUAUAAAAAAUCCUGUAUGUAUUUAAGAACAAAUUUGUUUGAAGUUGUUUAAUGAUACAACAAUUUUGUACGUUCAAGAGCAUCAAAUAAAAUGAAAUUAUGGAUAGCAACCGAACUUCAGUUGCUAGAGGCCAACCACAAAGUUCUGGUUGCCAAUGAUAGCUGCCAGUUGCCAUCUGUAUUACCAUUUUUUAAACUGACAACGCAACUUUAGUUCAGUUUACAUCCAUAUAUAGACCCAUAAA